UUUGUUUUUUUAUAAUCUUUGGUUCUUGAUUGGUUCUUGGUGUCCUUUUCUGGUGAGGAAUUGGUUAUCCAGUGUGGGGUGUGUUCCCAUUCUUGAUUGUCUUUCCAUUUAUUGUGUUCAUUUAAAAGUGAAGAAAAAGAAAAAGAAACACACCCUACUUUAGUCUCCAAAUCAUUAUUAUCACAUCAAUGGCGGAUUUGAUUUUAAUUUAAUUUCUUUUUCCCUUCAUUGUUUAUUGGUGGAGAAACCCUUCUUUUUCCUCUUUGAGCUCUUUCUUGUCCAUUAUUAGGAUUCUCUUCUUUGUGAAUUGCUCUUGAACAUUAUCUGUUCAUGUCUUCCGACAUUGGGACUGUCUCAAGCUCCAAGAACUUCAUGGGAUUGGACGAAAAUAAGGAGCUCCUGGAGGCACCAGCGCCGGCGGCGGUGGCGGUUCAAGAAACUCCGGCGAAGAAACCCGGCCCUGAAAUUGGUGAAAGUGAGAGCUGUGAGGACGAAGAUGGUGAGGCCAUGAUACAAUUGGGUCCUCAGUGUACUCUCAAAGAGUUGUCUGAGAAAGACAAGGACGACGAGAGCUUGAGGAGAUGGAAAGAACAGCUUCUUGGAAGCGUCGAUGUCAAUGCUGUUGGAGAAUCGAUCGACCCUGAAGUGAAAAUUCUGAGCCUGGCAAUCAAAGCCCAUGGCAGGGACGACAUUGUUCUUCCAAUCUCUGAGCCCCGGAAAGGCAAAGCCCCCUGGUUUACAUUGAAGGAAGGUAGCCGUUAUAAGCUUAUCUUUACCUUCCAGGUCAGCAACAACAUCGUAUCAGGCCUCAAGUACAAGAACACUGUCUGGAAAGCAGGCAUUAGAGUGGAUAACACGAAAGAGAUGAUCGGAACGUUCAGCCCCCAAGCGGAUUCUUACAGCCAUGAGAUGCAAGAAGAGACUACCCCUUCGGGCAUCCUCGCUAGAGGAUCGUAUUCGGCGAGAACCCAAUUCGUCGACGACGAUAACCGUCGGUACCUCGAGCUGAAUUAUACGUUCGAGAUCAAGAAAGACUGGUAGUUGUGGACAUGUUGUUUCCAGUAUGUAUUAAUGCAUUAGUCCAUGUUACCAAAAUUACAGAGAAUUGAGACAAGCAUAGUUAUUUGACUAUUAGUUCAUGUUUAAUGUUUGUUCUGUGUAAUGGCAUCAGAGCUGUAGACAUGAUGACUAAACUUACUUUCUUUGUGCAUGCUUGUGUUCUUUUAGUGGGUAUAAUUUUAAUUGUUUUUGUGUAUUUUUGUUGACCCUUUUUUUGUUAUGGAUAUAUAUUUUAUAUUAUACUUCUUAUUAUCUUCAGCGGUGAUUAUUAUA